AUGGCCUUGCUAGCUUCACUAUUUGUAGCUAUUCUCUUACACCUCUCAUGCAAUCCUUCUCUCGGUUGCCCUUCGCAGCAAAAACAAGCACUUCUUCAGUUCAAACACACUCUCCUCACACAACUGGCACUAAAUGAUUCUCCCAAUGCUUCGCUUGCUGGGUUAGAGACCUGGGAUUCGAGCUUGGACUGUUGCGAAUGGGAACUAGUAACUUGUCAUUCUUCAAGAUCGCUAUCUAAACAAGUAACUGAUCUUAAUCUUUACUCUCUUCUCCCCUCACUUGCAUAUUCAAAUAAUAAAACAUUGGGUGUUGUUUCUUCACAUGUUUUAACUCCUCUUUUUAGCAUAACAAGUUUGUUGUCUAUUGACUUAUCAUUUAAUAUCAUUAUUGGGGGUGAAAUCCCAGUCUCUGGGUUUCGAAACUUGACCAAUCUUGCUCAUUUAGACCUUAAAAUGAACCAAUUUAAUGGUUCAAUCCCUGAAGAAAUGUUUUCUUUAAGGAACUUACAGUACCUUGAUAUGAGUAGCAACUCAUUUGUAGGUACUCUGAGUUCUGCAGUAGGCGGUCUAAGAAACUUGAAGUUUCUGAAUCUAGAUGAGAAUUUCCUGCAUGGAAAUAUCCCAGUAGAGAUCGGAUACCUUGCUAAACUACACACAUUAUCACUUCGACAAAACCAAUUCUCUGGUGGGAUUUCAUCCGCGUUGCUGAAUAUGAUUGAGUUGGAGGUCUUAGACUUGCGCAAUAAUUCUUUCACUGGUGAGAUUCCGCCUGAUAUUGGUAAUUUAGCAAAGCUUUCGACACUGGCCUUGAGCAGGAAUUCCCUGACAGGAGGAAUUCCUGGUUCAAUCCAAAUGAUCAGUAAUCUCACCACCCUUGAGUUGAAUAAUAACUUAUUAUCAGGAAGAAUUCCUGCUUGGUUGUUUGAUUUGGAAAUGCUGAAGAUUUUAAAUCUUGGAGGAAACAAACUUAUGCUAGAUAACCCUGCGAAACUGGUUCCAAAGUGCCGGUUAUCUUUGCUAGUUUUGAGGUCUUGUGGACUAAAAGGCCUAAUUCCUCGGUGGAUUUCGGAUCAAAUAAGCUUGGAUUUUUUAGACCUUAGUGAGAAUGAGCUUGAAGGCGGCUUCCCUCUUUGGCUAGCAGAAAUGGAGAUUGGAAGCAUCAUUCUGUCAGACAACAAGCUAUCUGGUUCACUGCCACCAAGAUUAUUUCAAUCAAAGAGUCUAUCCGUCCUCGCUUUAAGUAGGAAUAACUUCUCAGGGGAGCUGCCUGAAACAAUUGGAGAGUCUCAGCUUCUGAUACUAAUGCUAUCAGACAACAAUUUCUCUGGCCAACUGCCUCAAUCAUUGCCAAACAUUUACAGGCUUUUGCUCCUCGACUUGUCAAAAAACAGUCUCUCAGGUAACAAAUUCCCUACUUUUAACCCAGACUUUUUCCUUGCAUUCAUUGAUCUUUCUUCCAAUAGAUUCUACGGUGAAAUCCCCACCGGGUUUGGCCCGGGUGUGAUAAUUCUUUCUCUAGGUGAAAAUCGGUUUUCUGGUCCACUUCCUGAGAAUCUAACAAACUUCACUCAGCUGAAGCACCUUGAUCUUCAUGACAAUAACAUCUCUGGAGAAAUCCCAUCAUUCCUGUCUAGUCUUUCCUCACUUCAAACCUUAAGCCUUCGAAACAACUCUCUUACAGGAUCGAUUCCUAGUGAUCUUGCAAACCUUACGCGUCUCCAAAUCCUUGAUCUUUCCAACAAUAAGCUUGUUGAUGACAUCCCUUCAAGGCUUGGAGACUUUCCUGGCAUGAUCAAUCCUCCUGAUACAUCCACUCUAUCGUCUGCUUUGUUUAGCUUCGAUAUUAAAUUCCAGGACCUGAUAGUGAACUGGAAAAGCUCCAAGCAAGGUUUAUCUAAAUACAACCUUGAUUUCUACUCUCUAUUAGACCUAUCAAAUAACCAACUCACAAACCAGAUUCCGAGUUCAUUAGGAGGCCUUGAGACGCUCAAGUUACUAAAUCUUUCCCACAACGCCUUCCAAGGAAGUAUUCCAUCUAGCUUUGGUGGUCUGCAGAAUGUCGAGACCUUAGAUUUGUCACAUAAUACUCUCUCAGGAGGAAUCCCAGUAACAUUUACCAAACUACAACAGCUGACUACUUUAGAUUUGAGCAACAACAAGCUAAAAGGAAGGGUUCCGGAAAGUCCUCAGUUGGAUACUCUGAAUGAUCCAAACAUAUAUGCUAAUAACAGUGGGUUAUGUGGGGUGCCUAUACGUGUGGCUUGUCCUGAUGAUGCAGAACCUGCAGUUAACGAGUCAGAGGAAGAGCGCGAGGAAUCAUUUUCAUGGCAGGCUGCUGGUAUAGGUGUUCCAGUAGGAUUUAUAAUAGUAAUUUCAAGUAUGUAUAUUGCUGGUUUUUUCAAUAUCAGGACUAAUCGUCGUAGCUCUAAUAGAGCAAGAUCUAGAAGCAAGAAGUAG